AUGGACGGCUCGAGUCAUCGAUUCGAACUCGUCAAAAAGGCCAAGCAUCAUGGUCAGUCUCUACUCCCUCCAGCUGUUGCUCGUGGUUGAGAGUUUGCGCGUCCGCAAUCCUCUUUCGCGCGCCGGCGUCCGGGCGUGCACGCACCCCGCCGCGCCGUGGCUCGCGAACUAGCCCUUUGUGCAUGCUCGACUUGGUUCGUUCAACCACCUAUGACGUCGCACUGACCCACAUUCGCUCUUCGACGCCCCCCAUCGCCACUUCAGCUACUGCUGCGGCCGUAUCAACAACGCCUGGAAGGGCAGGUGUGGCCGAUACUCGUAGCCAUCGUCACCCGGGUGAGUUGAGUCAGAGGCCCCUGUUCCUCCCCUAGCCGAACCCGACGCCUGACGCAUAGCGACCGAUUACUCCUUCCUUGCAGCCGCUUUGACACCACCUCAUCGAACAGUCGAUACAUCGGUCGACCUCUCUUCGUAUGGCUUCAGCUUUGCCAACGUCGGCGUUUACACACCCAUCUAUUCGGGAGUGCAGUACACGUCCAUGUCCGCGGGCAAAGCCGCCGCAGCGACAGCAGCACCGGCAUCAGCUGGUGCGACCACCUCUCCUGCUCUCGCCGCUGUCACGACCCAUCCAGCAGUCGCGCCCACGUCCACAGCUUCCAAUGGUGGAGUCGUCGCUAAUGCCGCCGGUGCCGACAGCUCGUCCGUCUCGGCUCAGUCUGGUCUCCACGGCACUACACUCUACGCCGUCAUCGCCGGGGCAGGAGCGGCGGGCUUGAUCCUCAUCUCGCUGUUAACCUGGUUCUGCUGCCGACGAGCGAAGAAACGGAGUGGAGCAGCGGCAUGGAAGAAACUUAAUGAAGGUUACAGCAGCUCGGCACCGAGCACACCGGUCCGAGCUGCACCCGCCGCAGUGGGACGACCGAGGGGAAGCCCAACGGGCAGCGAGGCCCUCUUGGACGAAAAGCACGAUUGGCACGACGUGCAAGAUGAACACGCUGGAGUUCAUUACUCGCCGACUAAACCGAGGGCUCCAACGGAGCCGGUGAUGAGCCAGUCCGGGGGUCGAUUCAACGAGACGUGGGACGUGAACCAGGGGCAGCACCAGCAGUUCGGCAUGCGCCAGACCGAUACCCCAUCCGUGCUCGGCCCUAAUGGUGCCAAUGACGCGAUGGCUCGAACGGAUAUGGCACCGCAUGGACCUGAACAUAUGUCGAUUGCGACUUCGAUGCACUCCUUGCCCGCGAACCACAUCAUUGGCUUCUCCGACUACCCCGAAAUGCCGAUGCACGUGCCACCGCAAGCCCUCGGUCGAUGGAACGAGGGUACUCGUGCAAGUGGCGGCGGACCCCCAGGUUCGGCGUCGAACCUCUCCGUCUACUCUGCCGACGAGGCUGGUCAACGUAUGUCGACUCGUGUCGGCGAUCAACGCCUCGAGAACCGGUUGAUGUUAGCCGCUGCAGCGCCUUCAACACUGCCGACGAUCGUCCAGUCGCGACCCGAGACGGUCGUUGAUUACUCGGAUGCCUACGGCGGUGAACUGGACGAGUUUGUUGAAGAGGAGUGGGGUAAGUUCAAAUCUGUUCGAAACGAUUCGCGCUCGAUCACUAAUGUUUGACCUUGACUGCGUAGAUGAUGUUCACCUUCCUCAGCGCAACGGCUCGGUCCUGGCCAAGUCCACGUCUGGUCCUUCCCGCGGGCCUCCACCAACGACGCGCCGAGAGCCGAAAGAGUCCGGUGCUCGAGUCGACUCGAAACCCCUGCGAGACCUCGAAGAGACCUUUGCGUCCCUCGCGACUCGCAACAACUCGAUCAAGCGAGCGAACCCGCCUCCAGCGCUCAACCCUUCCUCAUCAUCGACCGAACCUGCUGCGGCCGGUAACAACCUUCACGCACGAUCCGCUGCCGAGCAACGCUUGGUCUCGGAAAUGGGUCUGCCGAGUCCUGCCCUGUCUGCGAUGAGCGAAGCUACCCCGCCGUUCAACACGCCUUCGAUCGUCGCACCGAGUCGGAUGGUCAUUCCGACGAUCGUGGAGCCAGACGGAUUCAUGCCGCUGGCGCAGCAGAACGCGUCGUACGAUCAACGGUAUCGAUCUACGACCGAGUCCAUCUAUGGUUGCUACGAUGAUGAGGAAAUUUCGAGUCAGUAA